GCACUGUAGUGUGGUUUAAGGGUUUUAUUUGUUUCUCGUCGCCCGUACUGUUUCUCUUUCUCUUCUGGUUGGCGCUGCGCAGAAGAAGAGAGAGAGAAGAAACAAAACACCACCGAUCAAAACUCUCUUAUCUGUAGCACUGAGUAGUGAUAUGCAUCAGGGUGAUCAAAUUGUUCUAAGCUUGAGGCCUGGCGGUGGUCGUGGCGGCGGAAGCAGGCUUUUUCCUCUCUCCACCUCAUCCUCCUCCCCUUUCCCUCCCUCCGCCGAUCUCCCUCUCUCGCGCCCCCAUGAGUCCUUCUCUCUCAAGACUGGAGAUUCACGUUUUGAGGUUCGUGAGCGCGUGCAAUAUACCAGAGAUCAGCUUUUACAGCUUCACAAGGCUGUUGAAGUCCUUGAUGAUAUUCUGAAAAUUAAGCAAGAUAUAGUAGCUGAACUUUUUGGUGAAAAUCAAAGUUGGGGCGGCCGAGCUGAAAGCAAUCUUCCUCAUCAACUACCAAACCGGCAUUCUGAGUUAGACAAUCGUGAUUGGCGAGGUCGUUCUGGACAACUUCCUGCUAGUCAAGAUGAGAAGUCUUGGGAAAACCUCAGAGAUAACAGUAGUCAGAUUAAUCGCCAAUACCAUCUUAAUUCCCAGUUUGCAAGGACACAGAUAUCUUCUACCCAAGGGGGAGGACCUACUCCUACACUUGCUAAGGCUGAGGUUCCUUGGUCAGCCAGAAGGGGAAGUCUAUCUGAAAAGGAUCGUGUCUUAAAGACUGUGAAAGGAAUACUGAAUAAGUUAACUCCUGAGAAAUUUGAUGUCCUGAAGGGUCAGUUAAUUGAUUCUGGCAUUACCUCUGCUGACAUCUUGAAGGAUGUCAUUUCACUUAUUUUUGACAAGGCUGUUCUUGAACCAACAUUUUGCCCAAUGUAUGCUCAGCUGUGUUAUGAUCUGAAUGAAAAACUGCCUCCAUUCCCAUCUGGGGAACCUGAUGGGAAGGAAAUCACCUUUAAGCGAGUAUUAUUGAAUAAUUGCCAGGAGGCAUUUGAAGGUGUAGACCUAAAAAGGAUGGCUGCCCCUGAGCAGGAGACGGACCAUAUGGACAAGGAAAGACUGCUCAAGCUUCGGACGCUUGGAAAUAUCCGUUUAAUUGGUGAGCUAUUGAAGCAGAAGAUGGUCCCUGAAAGGAUUGUCCAUCACAUUGUUCAGGAGCUUUUAGGACCCCAAGACAGCAUGUCUUGUCCCGUCGAGGAAAAUGUUGAAGCCAUAUGUCAGUUUUUCAACACUAUUGGCAAGCAGCUUGAUGAGAGUCCUAAAUCGCGGCGUAUAAAUGAUAUUUACUUUAAUCGAUUGAAAGAAUUGAGCUCAAAUCUUCAACUUAUACCCCGGAUUAGGUUCAUGAUUCGGGAUGUUCUAGAGUUACGCUCCAAUAAAUGGGUGCCUAGACGGGAAGAGAUCAAAGCCAAAACCAUUACUGAAAUUCAUUCAGAGGCAGAAAAGAAUCUUGGUUUGCGACCAGGUGCCACUGCAAGUAUGAGAAAUAACCGUGGCGGUGUUCAAGGAAAUUUCGGCCCUGGGGGCUUCCCUAUUGCCCGACCCGGUACAGGGGGUUUGAUGCCUGGAAUGCCAGGGGCCAGGAAGAUGCCUGGGAUGCCUGGAUUUGAUAAUAACAACUGGGAGAUGCCUAAGACUAGAUCUAUGCCAAGAGGAGACUUCUCAGGUGUUCAAGCUGCUGGAUCCAGCAGCCCUUUACUUUCCAAGACCACAGUCCUUAAUUCAAAAUUGCUACCUCAAGGGAGUAGUGGGACUAUAAGUGGAAGAAAUAGUGCCCUAGUACAUGGAGCUGCUACAGUUUCUGCUCCACCGGCAAACAUCAGUUUGGCCCAUGAGACAACACCUCAGCUCUCUUCACAUGAUAGAACAGUUGCUCCUGUUCCUGUGUCCUCUGAGAAGCCACAAGCACCUGCCGGUGGAUUGAAUACCAAUGAUCUUCGCCGCAGAACUAUCUCUCUUCUAGAAGAAUAUUUCAGUGUUCGAAUUUUGGAAGAGGCAUUACAGUGUGUGGAGGAACUGAAAUCUCCUUCUUAUCACCCUGAGGUUGUUAAGGAAGCCAUUAAUCUUGCACUUGAUAAAAGUCCACCAUGUGUUGAACCUGUAGCCAAUCUCAUGGAGUAUCUAUACAUUAAGAAGAUUCUUACUGCUAUAGAUAUUGAGGCCGGCUUUUUGUUAUUCGGUUCUCUGCUGGAUGAUAUUGGCAUAGAUUUACCUAAAGCACCUAGUAAUUUUGGUGUGAUAAUUGGGAAACUAAUUUUGAUUGGGGGAUUAGAUUUUAAGGUGGUGAGAGAGAUUCUGAAGAAGGUGGAAGAUGACAUGUUCCAGAGAGCAAUAUUUGACAGUGCGGUAGGGACCAUUAAAUCUGCUGCAUCCGGACAAUCAGUGUUGGAUUUACAAACAUCUGAUAUUGAGGCCUGUCAGAGUCUGCUCAAGUGAGUCAAAAUGAUUCUGUAACUGGACGAACCUGUCUUCCUUUGCUACUUAAAUUACCCUACAUCCUCACUUUUUGAGUAAAACAAUUUUGUAUUUAUGUUAUGAAGUGGAUUUGUCAGGCAUUUUUCUUGAGCUGUAAAAUUUUAUUUUUGAUUGAGACUUUUCAUAUGUUUAAUGAGGGAAAAGUCAAACCAUAAAGCUACGGAUAUUAUUUUCCGGUUAGCUAAUCAGGUGCCGAGUUUCUCUGGAAAAGUGUUCCAUUAGGGGUUAAAUUUUAUUUUAUUUUAUUUCA